ACCUGACCUGACCUGAUCACUGUCAAUGGUAGUCAACGGUUAUGACGGAUUGAUGUGUCAACAUUUUGUGUUAUUCGAAAUUAAGAAUAACGUAAGUCGGUAAAAAAGAAGUAACGUCGACAAGAUGUCCGGAUACACCGGCCAAGAUAACAAUUAUUGGGCGCAAUCACCGCCGCAGGGACAAUACAAUUUCGAUGCAUCUGGUUUUGGACAGCUUAACCAACAAUUCGAAUUCCAGACGUACACCGAACAAUCGCCCGGUGAUUAUUCAUACUCGCAGAAGAGUUUCCUCGACCCGACUCAGAGUCCCUAUAGCGGCAAUUUAUACACGCAGGACGAUUACGCAAAAGGCACCACUGGCUUCGGAGAUGAAGAAGACGAGCCACCGCUGUUGGAAGAGCUCGGUAUUGAUCCCGACAGGAUAAUGCAGAAGACUCUGGCCGUGUUGAAUCCCUUCCAUAGGAAAGGACAAAUCGAUGAUGCCAAUUAUCUGCUGCAAGACUCAGACUUGGCCGGUCCUGUGGCAUUCUGCUUGGUUCUCGCAGCAUUUUUGUUACUUGCCGGCUCUAAGGCACAUUUCGGUUAUGUGUAUGGUCUGGCUAUGACUUCCUGUAUACUUAUGUACAUUUUGCAAUCACUAAUGAGCAGCAGUAGUAAUGUCACUUUAUCCUCUGUCGCGUCUGUGCUGGGUUACUGUCUGUUGCCUGUGGUUGUUCUGGCCGGUAUUGGCGUCUUUACCUCAUUGCGAGGCCCAUUUGGCUUGAUUUCUGCUAUCCUAGCUGUCACCUGGGCAUCUCUAUCUGCUUCCAGGCUUUUCUCCACCAUGUCGGGAGAGGAAGAUCAGAAACUUCUUAUAGCAUACCCAUGUUUGCUUCUUUACGGUGUAUUUACAUUGAUAAUAAUAUUUUAGAAGUAAGAAGCCAAUUGGAUAUUUCUAGAAUUCAUCUUUGAUUUAACUUCUCUGAAUAGAAAGCGCAUAAUUUAUUCAUGCAUAUUGGUAAAAAUCGAUGCCAAUUAUAAUAAUAAAAUUUAUUUGCGUUUAUUUCUGUAAUUACAUGUAUUAAUGUGGAUGUGGUGGAUAUGGACAGUUGAUGCUGGUUUUUACACAGUUAAUUUUGAGGAAGUAAAUAAUUCUUUUCUUUCGAUUAAUUUUCUGAAAACAAUUUUCAUCGAAGUAUAUUUUUGGAGAUAUGCUUAUUUUAAAGAAACAAAAAAUAAAGCGCACGAGCAUACACUAUAUUAGCCCAAAAAAUUUGAUUAGCUUUGAUAAAAUCUCGAUUUUUGUGCACAUUUAUGUAGAUUAACUCUACAAUGUUUAUAAACAAGUUAUUAAAGACUUUUUAAUUCAAGCAAUUAAUUAUGAUAGACUCGUGUCUUUCAAAGAGCAUUGUAAUAUACCACGAUAAUGUAAUAAAUUUACGAAGACAACAAUAAAGACAUAUAUUUGUAUAU